AUCUGAGAAAUUAUUCACCCAAACAAACACCGCACAGGCACAAUCCGUGCUCUGAUCUCACCCUUCUCCCUGCGUCUCUUCGAAGGCAAGCUAAAAUCCGAUCCGAUCUGUCACUUCUGCAACUACUGGCGCCGCAGAGGUAGAACAGAUUUUGAAGAAUGGGGUUUCAGCGGCCCGAUUUGGGAUCCCCGAAUUGAAAUGCAGUCAAAUUCAUCGCCAUUAGCGCCGAUUCCAUUCGGGUUCUAUGGCGAUUUGAGCGACGGGGGUUUCGAGGGCACUAGGGUUUUGUUCUUCGCCUCGUUGCUAUUCUUCCAGGGGGGCGGCAUGGAUUUCUCGAAGGUAGGAGAGAAGAUUCUGAGUUCCGUUCGCUCCGCCCGAUCUCUCGGCCUUCUACCCUCCACUUCCGAUCGUCCCGAGGUUCCUGCACGUGCUGUUGCAGCAGCAGCUGUUGCUCGUGCUCUUGCUGGACUACCUCCACAUCAGAGGCACAGUCUUCCAUCUAGCUCCGAAGAGUUGAGUUCAAUAUAUGGAAGCAGGUCCCCUGGUCAAAUAGUGGAGGAGCUCGAGGAAGAAUUUUAUGAAGAGGACUUUGACCCAGUAAGACAUGUUCUACAGAAUGUCCCUUCUGAGGAAAAUGAUAUAGCUUAUUUUGAGGAAAAGGCUGCUCUUAGAUUAGCACAACUGGAUAGGAUUGCUGAACGCUUAUCCCACCAUGUUAUGGAGCAUCAUGAAGAAAUGGUGAAGGGGAUGCAUUUGGUGAGGGAAUUGGAGAAAGACUUGAAGGUGGCAAAUGUGAUUUGCAUGAAUGGGAGAAGGCAUUUAACCUCCUCGAGGAAUGAGGUAUCAAGGGAUCUUAUUGUCACAACAAGUUCCAGAAAGAAGCAAGUUCUUCUGGACAUGCUUCCAGUUUUAACUGAGCUUCGUCAUGCAUUGGACAUGCAAGUGGCCCUUGAAAACCAUGUUGAGGAAGGAAACUUCUUUAAGGCAUUCCAAGUCCUAUCUGAGUAUUUGCAAAUUUUAGAUAGUUUUUCUGGGCUUUCAGCUGUACAAGAGAUGAGCCGUGGUGUUGAGGUUUGGCUGGGAAAAACUCUUCAAAAACUGGAUUCACUUUUAUUAGGGGUGUGCCAAGAGUUCAAAGAGCAGGGCUAUAUAACUGUAGUUGAUGCCUAUGCACUAAUUGGGGAUGUUUCUGGUCUUGCUGAAAAGAUACAAAGCUUCUUUAUGCAGGAGGUUCUCUCAGAAACUCAUUCAGUCUUAAAAAAUAUAUUGCAGGAGGAUUUGGAAACUUCCAGUGUACAAAGUAGUAGUUCCAGACUUACCUACAGUGAUCUAUGCCAUCAGAUACCUGAAUCCAAGUUUAGGCAAUGCUUAUUAGCAACACUGGCUGCCCUUUUUAAGCUGAUGAGUUCAUAUUAUGCAAUCAUGAGUUUUCAGCCGGAGGACAAGGCUUCAGCAUGCCAUACUUCAAAUAUAAAGGAGAAGCCAGGUGAUGUUUCUGGGUUUCCUGGGGAUAUAAAGCAGGCUGACUCAGUAACAGGAAAUCAUAAAUCAAGUAUGGAUGAUGUCUCAAUCUCCGAUCCCAUGGACAGAGUUCAAGCAACAGUGCCCGCCUCUUCAGAUAAUGCUACUGAAACUAAUAGUUCCAUUUCGGCAGAAUCUUCUGAUCUGGUUGAUGAAUCAAGGAAUGGUGGGAGUGAAGCGUCAAGCAGUGGAUCCCCAUGGUUUCAGCUGAGGAAAGAUGCUAUGGUAUUUGUUUCACAGACGCUGCAGCGUGGCCGCAAAAAUCUUUGGCAACUCACAACAAGCCGUGUAUCAGUGUUGCUUUCUUCUUCUGCUGUUUGUUCAACCAGCAUUCAUCAAUUUUUGAAAAAUUAUGAAGAACUUAAUGUCUUCAUCUUGGCUGGGGAAGCUUUUUGUGGAGCCAAAGCAGUUGAGUUCAGGCAGAAAGUGAAGGCAGUCUGUGAAAACUAUUAUCUUGCUUUUCAUCGGCAGAAUAUAUAUGCACUAAAAAUGGUUCUGGAAAAGGAGAAUUGGCUAAAAUUGCCAGCAGAGACCCUACAAGUCAUCAGUUUUUCUGGACUUACUGGUGAUGGGGCAGCACUGAUUGUUCCAUCUGAUCAUAAUUCUUCUAGUAAAAGAGUGAUGCAUUCCAGUAGAUCUGCAGAUUCAGUUGGAAAUGGCUCCAAGAGUAGUGGAUUUUCCUGUUGGCUUAAAGAUGGAAAUCCAUUUUUGGUGAGACUAAGUUCCAAAGAGUUCCAUGAUUCCUUUUCACCUAAAGGGUCUGACUCUGGAAGUUAUAGUCAUUCUGAUAAGCUUCUUCCAAAAGACAAUGAUACAAAUCAUAUAAAUGGAAGUCAUAGUCAUUCUGUCUCAGAAGAUGAAAAUGAAGAUCUUCUUGCUGACUUUAUUGAUGAAGAUAGUCAACUACCGAGCAGGAUCUCUAAGCCCAAUCAUUCAAGGAAUUAUUCAUCUCACUGCAAUGAUGAAGAAAUGACAGCUCAAACAGGAUCUUCGCUUUGUCUUCUGAGGUUGAUGGAUAAAUAUGCAAGGCUGAUACAGAAACUGGAGAUAGUGAAUGUUGAGUUUUUUAAGGGAAUAUGCCAAUUGUUUGGAAUUUUUUUCUAUUUUGUUUUUGAAACGUUUAGCCAACAGAACACUUCUACUGGAAAAGGAUUGAGUGACUCGAUUAAUUAUCAGCUAAAGACAGCAUUAUCGAGAAUAUCUCAAGAUUGUGAGCAAUGGAUAAAACCCCAGUUUCUAUCUUUUGGUUCUUCUUCACCAACAGCUAUGAAUACUUCUGUCAGUCAUAUGGAUGUGGCACCUACUAGUCUACUUGCUAACAAUUUGGGUCAUCCACUUAGUACAUCUUUUGGCCUCAAGGAAAGGUGUGCAGGUGCUGACACUGUAUCUCUUGUUGCUCGGUUAUUGCAUAAAUCCAAAGCUCAUCUUCAAUCAAUGCUUCUGCAAAAUAAUCCAGCUAUAGUUGAAGAUUUCUAUGCUCAUUUGGUGAAUUCUGUACCAGAUCUUACUCAGCAUAUUCAUAGAACAACUGCAAGAUUACUUCUUCAUAUUAAUGGGUAUGUUGAUCGGAUUGCCAAUGCUAAAUGGGAAGUUAAAGAGCUUGGCCUGGAGCAUAAUGGGUAUGUUGAUUUGCUGUUGGGAGAAUUUAAGCACUACAAGACAAGGCUUGCUCAUGGGGGAAUUCGGAAGGAGGUUCAGGACCUCCUCUUGGAAUAUGGAGUUGAAAUUGUUGCUGAAACUCUCAUCGAAGGCUUAUCACGAGUGAAGAGGUGUUCUGAUGAGGGUCGUGCUCUUAUGUCAUUAGAUCUUCAGGUUUUAAUAAAUGGCCUACAGCAUUUUGUCUCCACAAAUGUGAAACCAAAAUUACAAACGGUUGAAACUUUCAUUAAGGCUUACUAUCUUCCAGAAACUGAAUAUGUACACUGGGCUCGUGCUCACCCGGAAUAUAGUAGAAACCAAAUCAUUGGGUUGAUCAACCUUGUAGCAGCCAUGAAGGGCUGGAAAAGAAAAACAAGGUUGGAAGUGAUAGAAAAGGUGGAGGGAGCUGGACCGUAGCAUGUGUUGUAAGAUUUCAAGCAUAUAUAUAUAUAUAUUCCAUUUUUUCCUCUUUAUUUUUUUUUUUCCCACUUUUUCUGAGUUAUUUAAAUUAGAUAGCAUCUUAACCUCCCUUAUCCAUAUAGAGAACAUUACAAAGUUGUAUAUCUUUGUUUCUUAGUGUAAAAUAGUUUCCAUCCUUAGAGUGAACGCCGAAUGUCAUAUUGGAUGUGAUCAUAAACGAUAUAAUGAGUUUACUUUGAGCACAUGGAAUUCCAGUUCCCUAUUUUUCUGUCUCAAGAAUACCUCUUUCAUUGUAUUUGUGCUCUUUUAAUUCUCGUUAAAAAGAUCAAUAAGACGAGGCUCUGUCCAUCCAUCAUA